AUGUGGACAAGGGGGUGCGGUGGGGGGCGCCAAGGUGAGAGCUCGCACUCGAUCGACCGACCUGCAGGAGGACAGUGAAGACAGGCGCUGCGAUCUACGAAGCCAAUCGCAUCGCUGCCGCCAAGGCGAAACGCGAAGCCCGCAAAUCACAACUUCGCCCAGUACGCAACGCCGCCGCACAACCGCUUCCAACGCGUUCUCGAUAUCAACGGACAUUCCGGGCUCGAAUCGGACUUGUCGGACAUCCUCGGAUCAACUGCACCUCUAGAACUGCACCAAACAUCGUCCCCCCGACCGCCUCUUCGUCCCCUCCGCCGCCAACUAACUCUGACAAUUUUUCUGAACCACCACUUCCAUCCUCCUCCUCCUCCUCCACUGCUCCAACAACGGCCGCUCAGGCGACUGUCACACGCGCAACAGCAGACACCAUCACCACCUCCCCCCACUCCAGCGAUGAGGAUCAGGACUACACCUGCCCUCACUGCGACCGAACCUUCACCUCCCACAUCGGCCUGGUCAGUCACUUGCGAAUCCAUCGCACAGAGACUGGCGAACCAGUGCCUGGAGCACCAACCUACACCCACCGCACUCGCCUCCGCUGCCAACACUGCCCGCGCACCUUUACGCAUCGCAUGGGCCUAUUCGGCCACAUGCGCAUCCACGACGACCUGCGGUAG